CGACGCCUUCCUCUGCGUCAGGUUACCGAAAAGAAGAAAAUGAAGGCAGGGAGUGUGGUGGCAUCAUCGGAGGGGCGGGCAGCGCAGCCAUGGCCGACCACCGCCACUGGUUCAGUGCUCAACCACGCAGGGCUGUCGCCGGCCCGCACUCCCCGUGGUCACCCGUCGCCCCCACUCUGCCCGGCCGCCGCCCGCGCCGCGAGUGCCCCGCCUCAGCGCUGCCGCCCCGCCGCGUGUUGUCCUGACGAGCCGCGCCGCGGCGGCACAGCGGCGAGAGUGAGUGUCGGCGCGGCGAAGUGAGGCCUCGCGAGGCCAAGUGUGCGGCGCGAUGAGUGAUGCGGCCCUGGCGGCGCAGUGCCACACAGGCGUCGGGACCCUGCCGCUGGCACUGCAGGAUCGGCCGCAAGCUGGCAGGGCUUGAGUCACAGUGCCGCAGGACCAAAGCGACGCAGAACACAGCGACAUGAUGUCCCUCACCACCGGGGAGUGUUCCCUGGCGGGCUUCGGGCUGCCGCAGGUGGGCGCCGCAGCCUCGCCGGGCCACGCCCACCUUGACUACAACGACAACGUGACGGGCUCGCCCAUGGCCGCCCAUCCCGGCGACGGCGGCGGCCACCACUACGCCGGCCAGGGCGGCCUCUUGGGCGGCCCCUACCACCCCGCGGGGCUGCCGGGCCAGCUGGAGUGUGGCCUCAACGCUGCCCCGCUGCGACCACUCCCCCACGGGGCCGCCCACCCGGGGGGCCUCAUGUACCCCAGCCCCACGCCCCUGCUGCCCCACCUCCAACACCAGCAGCACCCCCACCACGCCCACCAUCACCACCACCACCCGCGGGGCAUGGAGCCCUACCCCGGCGGCGGCGGCGGCCACCGCUGGGAGGGCGGGGGCGGCGGUGGUCGGGGCGGGGCGGGGGAGAAGGCGCGGCGGGAGCAGCGGAUCCGGCGUCCCAUGAACGCCUUCAUGGUGUGGGCCAAGGUGGAGCGCAAGAAGCUGGCGGACGAGAACCCCGACCUGCACAACGCCGACCUCUCCAAGAUGCUGGGCAAGAAGUGGCGCUCGCUGACCCCCACGGACCGCCGCCCUUACGUCGAAGAAGCGGAGCGACUUCGACUAAGGCACAUGGCGGAGUAUCCGAACUACAAGUACCGCCCGAGACGCCGCAAGCCUCAGCAGCCCAAGAAGCCCAAUGGCCCCCCUCAGCAGCAGCCGGCACCCCUGGGACCUUCGGGGCAGCCAGUGGGAGGGGGAAGGAGGAGCCAGGGGGAAGCCAUGACCCCGACCCCAGCUGUUAGUGUCUCUUCGUCUCUUAACACGCCCGAGACCUCGCCUGGUAGUUCCCCCGAUCCUGAUCCCCGGAGAGGCUCAGGUCACCACCCCCACCACCAUCACCACCAUCACCACCUCCUUCAGCACCACCAGCAUCACCAGCAGCAGCAGCACAACCGGUCGCAUACAGGCUCCUCGUCCUCGUCCGGCGUGGGGGGCGGCCCGCUGCCCACGCCGCCGGAGGUGUCGCCGGGGGCCGGGCCCGAGGAGGACGCCACUCCGGUCUCGCGCCUCAUCUCCCUGUUCGAGCGCGCGCCAGCCUUCCCCGACGCCUUCCACUCCCUCAGCAGCAUCGUGUCCUCCUACAACCCCGCCUCUUCUCCCGACGCAGGAGGGAGUGAGGGCGACGAGGGGCUGGAGGGGAGCUACGUGCAGCCCCCCGACCCGCGCCCCACCCAGGAGGGAGAGGCCCCGACGCACUACUCCGCCCUCCACAACCCCAGAGGGAAGCCCGUAUGCUGCCCAGCUGACAGCCCGCCGCGGGGGGAUGCCGACAGAGUCCCCCGUAGGGAGUACAACACGCCCCCCGGCCCCCCACCUCCCCCAGGUCCCCCAGCGCCGGGGCUCCACCAGCACGCCGUCAAAGUCGAGCCGCCGUCGCUGCCGCAGGUGUCGUGUGUCUACCCCGCCACCCCCGCCCCGCCGGCGGCCUCCCCCGCCCCGCCCCCCGCCGCGCCCAUGGUCCCUUACGGCUACUCCCCAGGGCCGCACCCGCCCUACCCCGCUAUGGCCCCGCCGCCCAUGGUGGCCUACCACGGGCCGGUCGGACCACACCAGGGCCACUACCCGCCCGUGGGCCAUGACGUGGACCUGGAGGUGGACCGCGCCGAGUUUGACCGGUACCUGAGCGGCCAGGAGUGCGGGGGGCCGGGGCGGCCACAACAGCAGGCGGUGGGGGGCGGGGGCUGGGGGACGCCGCAGCACCCACACCCACCGCAGUGCCCGCCGCGCCAGGACUACCGCCACGAGUACCCGGACCAGUACCGCGAGGCCAGCGAGGCAGCGUACCGCGAGGAGCAGCUGCGCCUGGACUACCGCGGCGACGCGCUGGCCAGCUACCGGGACGACGGCCACGCCUUCCCGCGCGACGACCACCCCGAGGCCGAGUACCCCGAGGCCGAGUACCCGCGCCUGCACCACUAUCGGGGCGAGCGCCAGCACUACCCCGGCGAGCAGCUGUACCGCGGCUACGAGGGCGGCCUGGCAUACCCCGCCGAGGACUACCGCGGGCCCGUGGGCGGCGUGGGCGUGGGCGGCACCCUACUCAGCGCCCUGGCAGACGUCAGGCACAUGUACUUUGACCCAUAGUGACCCCCUGCCACACCCUUGAAACCCCUCCCCCACCCCAUCAUGCCCCUCUACCCCCUGUAUUCCUCACCCCAACCCCCCUGCCGCGCCCCUAACCCCCUCCCCCACCCCAUCAUGCCCCACCUACACCCCUGCACUCCAUUCCCUUAUCUUGCUCCUCUUCUUCUUCCUCCCCUUCCUCAGCCUCUCUUUCUCUUCCUCAACUCCCCUCCCUCCCCCUUCUUUUACUCCACUCCCCCCCUCCUCCUCCUCCUUAACCCCUUCUCCACAAAGACAGAGGGAGAGAAGGGGAGAAAUUGGAGAAGGAAAGAGGGAGAAGGGAGAGGAGGAAAGGGAGUAUUGGUUUGGGAGUGUCCUUUUUUUCCUUCCUUUUUUUUCGUUUUUUCCUUUAUCAGACUUUCCCUUCUCUCUCUCUCUCUCUCUCUCUCUCUCUCUCUCUCUCUCUCUCUCCUAACAACACAAUUACAUAUAUAUUUUUAUACAAGAUUCUAAUUAGUGUUGAAAGCGUCCCAUUAGUUACACACACACACACACACACACACACACACACACACACACACACACACGCA